AUGUCCCUCGCUUUUCCUGGUUAUUCCACUCCGCCUGCUUCAACUUCUAACACUGACUACUUUUGUUUGAACUGUGCAAGAAUAUUCCAGAGCCAUGAAGAACUAGAACAUAAUCUCUCAUCUCCACAAAGCAAUUGUGGGCAAUGGCUUGCGGACGCUGAUCCAGAAUAUGAUAGUGAUUAUUGCGACGACCCAGAGACUGCACUGGAUAUGGUCAAUGAUCCUGGUGACGACUCUCAGCUGUAUGGGAGUGACUCUGAGGAUGAUGAAUAUGAAAAUUUGCAUGGGGGGACUGAGGAGGAACAUAGCGAAGCAGCUAUCCCAGUUCCUAUGGAUGUUGAACCCGACAGCAAUGCUCGUCAUGUUGAUGAGCCUGCAGUUAGUAAUAGCUAUGAUUUGCAUUCUAACAACUCUACAGGGUCUCGAGAUGCAUUCGGUAUAACCAGAGAUUGUCAUCCGAACAAGUCUUCAAGUUGGCCUGGUGGUCGGAAUUACUUACAGAAAAUGGAUGAAGACAUCUUUGUCCAUAUUCGAAAGGAGAAUCUACACUACCCAUUCACAUCACAAGAAGAGUGGGGUUUAGCGAACCGGCUGAGUUUGACCUCAUUAUCCCAACAGAAAAUUGACACAUUCUUACGACUUGAUAAUGUUAAACAACAGGAUUUAUGUUAUACUACCGCUAGGGACAUUCAGACUCAAAUAGAAUCAUUGCCGGAUGUCCCACACUGGAAGCAUGUAAACAUUACGGUGGGGCCUUACAAGACAAAGCGCCCCAUAACACUGUACUAUCGAGAAGGUAUAGAAGUAGUCGACAUGCUCUUCAGUAACCCUGUUUUCACUUCAUCCAUGGAUAUGGAGCCCUACAGGUUAUAUGAGCAGACAGAAAGAGGGGAAAAACGAGCAUAUGACAAGUUCAUGAGUGGAGAGCUUGCGUGGGACUUGCAAUCUUCAAUUCCCAGUGGUAAUACACUUGUGGGUAUCAUCACCGCUUCUGACAAAACCCCACUGACUGUAGGAACCGGCAACUUAGAGAUGCAUCCAGUCCUCCUAUCUCUCGCAAACAUACACCCAUCAGUUUGA